UCUGAAUGCGGUGGUUCAGUGUCUAUCUCACACCAGAGGUCUGAGGGACUACUGUCUGGUCAAAGCCUACAGACAGGAGAUGUGCAGUAGAGAGGAACCACACCUCAUGGAGGCGUUCUCCCAGGUGCUGUUGAGUCUCUGGGAUGUGAACGAAGAAAACCAUAACACAGAAGUGAAUCCUGGGAAGUUCUACAGCAUCUUCAAAGAGGCGGUGCCUUACUUCAGCGGAUACAGUCAACAGGAUGCUCAGGAGUUUCUGAGGUUCUUAUUGGACAGGCUUCACUGUGAGAUCAACCGCCGGCCGUACGUCCGGCUCACCAGCCUGGAGCCUGAACCCAAAUGCACCACAGUCAGGAUUGACGAGCAGGCGUCUGCAAUGUGGAAGAGACACCUGGAGAGGGACGACAGUAAGAUCGUUGAUCUGUUUACAGGUCAGCUGCGUAGUUCUCUCCACUGCUCUGUGUGUUCUCACUACUCCACCUGCUUCGACGUCUUCUGUGACCUGUCUCUACCCGUCCCUAAGAGGAGUGCAGCAGGGGGCGGGUCUCUGAGGGAGUGUCUUGAUCUGUUCACACAGGAAGAGAAGCUGGACGAGGAGAACGCUCCCAUGUGCGAGAGGUGUAACAGACGGACAGAGAGCACCAAGAGGCUGACCAUCCAGAGAUUCCCACAGGUCAUCGUCAUGCAUCUGAACCGGUUUGCCAUGUCACGGUAUAUGGUGUGUCGGAGUACAGUGUGUGUCUCCUUCCCUCUGACCAGCCUGGAUUUGGGGCCCUACGGACCGGUCGACUGUGGUAAUCUCUGUCUCUCUCUCUCUGUCUCUACCCCUCUCUCUCUCUGUCUCUCUCUCUCUCUGUCUCUACCUCUCUGUCUCUCUCUCCUCUCUGUCUCUCCCUGUCUCUCUCUCUCUCUCUCUGUCUCUCUCUCUCUGUCUCUACCU